AAUUCUUAUUUUAACGAAAGACAACGAAACAAACAACGGCGAGGAAAUUCUCAAAUAAAAUACAAUGUCAAUUUUGUGUAGUCAAAUCAAUAGCUUAGUAUUGGGGAAGAGUGCAGAUCCAAGGACAUUUAAUGAAGCCUCGUAACCUCUCACCAAUCAACAAGCUCCCUUACCUGUUAAGCGUAUUUAGGUUUAGAAAAAAAGUAAGACUUUCAGAAAAAGGAACUGUCGCAUGUGCCUCGCAUGUGAAUGUGAUAACGUCUAUGAAUUAUGACCUCUAGGCGAGGUUAGUCCAUAAUUCACUACAUAGCCAUUUACUGUUCUACGUACUACUACUACUACUUUAUCAUUAGUACCCCUGCAAUCAAGUUAACCAACAUGUGCAAAUGCUUACUAUACAUUACUGGAAGAUAGUUGAAAGAAUUCUGAAGUAUCUGAAAAGAGCCCCAGAGAAAGGUAUAUGCAUUGGUUGAAAUGCAAAACAGAGAUUGUAGGUUAUUGUGAUACUGACAGGUGGUGAUAUUGUUGAUAGAAAGUCUACAAUCGUUAUUAUAUCCUUUUGGAGGAAAUCUGAUGACUUAGAAAGUAGUCUCAAGAUCUAGCGUUGAGACUGAAUAUAGAACAAUGACCAAUACUACUGGUGAGUUGGUAUGGAUGAAGAGUUUACUCAAAUAACUCGGAAUUGUCUCUUAUAAGCCAAUUAUGUUACAUUGUGAUAAUCUAGUAGCUAUACAUAUUACCUCGAACUCUCGAACUCAGUUUUCCAUAAAAAAAAAAACAAGCAUGUAGAAAUGGAUUAACAUUACAUUAAAGUUCAACAAAGAAUCGUUAUUUUUCAGCAAAAAAACAAAAACAAAGAAUCGUUAUUCCCUCUUAUGUAAAAACUGUUAAUUAGUAGAUGCCUUCACAAAGGAUAUCACAAAAGUGUAUUAAAAUUUCUAUGUGUUGAUGAGUUUAUUGGAUCUUCAUCAACCAACCAUAUUGAAAUAAAAUGUUUAACCAAGCAUUAGUGGUCGAGAGGAGUAGAGCUGUCGAUCCACGGAACGCAAAGCAGUGGUGAAGAUCAUGACUGAAGGAAUCAAAACGAUCGAUGUGAAGAAUAUGAAGUGGUUGAUGGGAAGCUGUUGGUGACAAAAAGAAAAGACAAUAAUUUACAUCAAUUCUCAUUUAACACAUUUUUAACCACUUUGUUAACUACCUUAUAACCAGUAACAAGUGGAGUUAUUAAUAUAUUUAUACACAUAAAAAUAAAAUAAAAUAAAAUAAUCCAGCCACUUAAUCUCUAUAAUUUUUUUUGUUCAAAAAUCUCUAUAAAUAAUAUCUCUUGUUCUUUAUACUCAACUCAAUUUUCCUACCGUCAUCAUCAUUGAUCAUUAUACGGAGAAAGAAUGGCAUCGAGACCAGGUCUUCUCACAGACUGGCCAUGGACACCUCUUGGAAGCUUUAAGUACUUGGUAUUGGCACCGCUGGUUAUCGACAGCAUCUACUCAUACGCGACAAUGCGAGAUCACGAGAAACUUCUGGUAGUGGCGCUAAUGGUGUGGAGGAUUGUUCAUAGCCAGGUAUGGAUAAGCUUUUCGCGUUACCGAACUGCGAAAGGAACGAAACGGAUCGUGGACAAGUCCAUAGAGUUUGACCAAGUCGACCGAGAACGAACCUGGGACGAUCAGAUCAUCUUCAACACUCUCAUUGCUUACUUAGCGAAAGUGUACAUGAUAAGAACUGAUUCCCUUCCCUUUUGGCGACUCGAUGGUCUGGUUCUAGUCGCUCUCCUCCAUGCGGGUCCGGUUGAGUUCAUCUACUACUGGUUUCACCGAGCCCUUCACCACCACUUCCUGUACUCUCGCUACCAUUCACAUCACCACUCCUCCAUCGUCACCGAGCCGAUCACGUCGGUGGUACAUCCGUUUGCGGAGCACAUUGCCUAUUCCCUAAUCUUGGUGAUACCUCUUGUGACGACUUUUCUAUGCGGCACGGUCUCUAUCGUCUCCAUUGCACUCUACAUAACUUAUAUAGAUUUCAUGAACAAUUUGGGCCACUGCAACUUCGAGCUCAUUCCAAGAUUUUUCUUUUCUCUUUUCCCACCUCUUAAGUUCCUCUGUUACACUCCUUCAUUUCACUCGCUCCACCACACACAAUUCCGGACGAACUAUUCUCUAUUCAUGCCAAUGUACGACUACAUUUAUGGGACCAACGACAAGUGCAGUGACUCAUUGUAUGAAACAUCGUUGGAGCAAGAAGAAGAGAAGCCGGACGCAAUUUAUCUCACACAUCUAACAUCACUCGACUCUAUUUACCAUCUCCGACUUGGCUCUGCUUCCCUCUCCUCGCACCCCUUAUCUUCUCGGUGUUACCUAUUACUCAUGAGACCGUGCACUCUGAUGCUCUCAUUCAUACUAACUUUCCUCUCAUUUAGAAGCUUUGCCUUCGAGAGAAAUCGCUUCCGUGAUCUCACUCUUCACUCCCAUCUCGUUCCCAAGUUCUCUUCUCAUUACAAGUCGCUGAAGCAGAAAAAAUCUAUCAAUAAAACGAUAGAGACGGCUAUCCUUGAAGCGGAGAAGAAGGGUGUGAGAGUAAUGAGUUUGGGGCUAUUGAACCAGGAAGAAGAGUUAAAUGGGUACGGAGAAAUGUACGCAAGGAAGCAUCCAAAGCUAAAGAUAAGGAUAGUAGACGGAAGCAGCCUUGCAGCUCAGGUGGUGGUUCAUAGUAUUCCUGUUGGCACAAGAGAAGUUCUAUUUCGAGGCCAAAUCACAAAAGUUGCUCGUGCUAUUGUCACUUCUCUUUGCCUAAAUGGCAUCAAGAUAUGGUUGGUGGGAGAUGGGAUAAGCAAAGAAGAGCAGAAGAUGGCAGCAAAAGGAACUCGCUUUCUUCCUUUCUCUCAGUUUCCUCCUACCCAACUUCGUAAAGACUGCUUUUACCAUACCACUCCGGCUAUGAUCAUCCCGGACUCUGCCCAAAACAUAGAUUCUUGUGAGAAUUGGCUGGGGAGGAGAAUGAUGAGUGCUUGGAGAGUUGGUGGAAUAGUGCAUGCCCUUGAAGGAUGGGAGGAACACGAGUGUGGUCUUGACGUUCCAAUGGUUAGUCCUCACGGAGUUUGGGAAGCUGCUCUUCGACAUGGUUUCCAACCUCUGGUUUUGCCAUCUUUAGAGACGAACAACAGUUUGUAAGAAGUAAACCGUAGGCUUUGGCGACCGAAUGCAUUUGUCAUUUUACUUGACUAUUACGUCAAGCUUUUAGAACUCGACCUCUUUUAUUUAAAAUGAAAAACUAAAAUAAAAGCUUUAGAACUGAACUGUCUUUCGAUUACAACAAUAUCGGUUUUUCAUGAUCAUCUUUGGGAAAACAGACGCAAUUAGAUUUGACUCCCAAUUAACUUGUGUUUAAUUUAACCAAGCUAAACCGGAAUUACCCGUGACAACAACUCAAGAACCGAUGCUAACUCUCUGAUCCCUCAACAAGAUCUUGGCAGUAACCCAUACGAGCUCUGACCAUUAUGCACCCACUAGUAAUACUAUUCUUUUUAAUUUGAUGGUGGUUUACAGGCACCACGUAGACAAUGUUGUGAAAUUUUCAACGGUAAAGAUGACUCGGAAUACGUAAUCAAUAUCAAGAUACGGCAUUUUAAUCCUUUCGAAAGUGUAACUCCUAUACCAUCCGAACGAAAAUGACCACUAUGUUUUGUAGUUUCAUAUCAAGAGGAAAUGCGCAACAAUUUUCCCAAAGUUUUUUUGUAAAUAUCAACUAACCGAAAUUUGGAACUUGGAUAAAGUCAAACGUAUACAGAUUGUUAGUUUUUGGAAAAAUGUGUUACACGACUAGAUAAAUCUCUUUAAGAUGGAAAUGCUCGAAAAAGAAAAGGAUUUGUAUACUUCAAAAGUAUACAGAUUGUUAGUUUGUAUACUUCUAUUCUUUCUUUUUUUAUGUUUAAAAGAAAAGGAUUUGACAAAAAUAUGAUCAGAAAUUUGAUUCUAAAUGCAAAAUAUAC